GUUCUUCGGGAGCCUGGAAGAGCUGGGGUCAGACGACGAGUUCGACGAUCUCGAUCAGCUUUACGACGUUGACAAGAGGUUCCUGAGGUACUUCGACGAUGGCAUCUUUACCUUGGAGACCAGAGCUUUGCUUUUGGGGUUCCAGGCGGCGGUGAGCGCACGUGUGAUCAGGAACGCGCGGGUGCUCAUCUUGGUUGACAACAUGGGGGCGUGCCUGGCGUUUGCCCGAGGACGUGCUACCGACUUCAGGCACUCCCCGACGGACCUGGGCCCCAUGACACUCGACUACCUGAGCGACAAGGCGGCGACCGAGAAGCGCGAGGGGAACGACAAGACCUCGGAGACCGUGAAGGUUCGGGCGUCCGUCGGGCUCGUCGACCAGUCGAGCCUGGCCGUCUCCAGGGGCUCAGCGAUCACUUGUCGGGCCCGGGCCCGCGAGUUGGGCGAGCCCCUCGGCGCGGCUGCCGAGGCGGGCGCGUCGGUGGCGCGGCAGCUUCAAGAGCUCUUCGACCAAGGCGAGAACCUGAUCAAGGGCGAGAACCUGGUCGCCGGGCUCGGGCACUUCCUGCCCGAGUUCGGGCAGCGUGGCAACCUCUAUCUUUCCCGAUGCUAUCGGGCGCUCAAAGCCGCUGCAGCUGUUGAGGGGGAAUCCUGCCCCUGCUCACGGCCACUCUGCCUCGUGGACGUGCUUCGCAUUCCGUCGAGAGAGAGGGCGACGUUCAAGACGCGCGCGACGGACGAGAGCAUCGGCCUCAGCUGCCGCUGGGCGCCUUGCCUCCCGACGGCCAUUGCGGCCCUGCAGGCCGGCGAUCCAAAGUCCAAGGUGACCGACUUCCGCUGCGGCAGCUACGCUCGCCAGUUCAAGGCCGCCUGCCGAAGGGCGGGGGCGACGGCCGUGUAUUAUCAGGCACUGCGCUCUGGCGCCUCAAUACACGCCGCCACGGAGUUUUGGACCCGGGUGAUCAGGGGCAGAACGAGGUGGGAGGCGGACAAGUCAGUCUUGAGGUACGACAGCAAAGCAAGGAUCGUCGACAGCGCCGACAGGCUGCCCGUCUCCUUGGCGUCGCACAUGAGAAGGUGCGAACUCCAGCUCGGGCCCCUUCUGUUCGGCCAGACCGAGCCCUCGGCCAUCGCGCCCCCCGCCAUCCCGAGCUCGGCCCCGAAGAAGCGACGCCGUAUCUACCAGAUCUGUUUGGAGGUGCUGGCGGCGUGGGCCGAGCAGCGGGCAGGCGCGGAAUUCGGACCAGAUUGUGGGGCAGGUCUAUUUCGGAAGAGCUUGAUCUCGCACGUUUGA